UGCACCAUCGAAAUAAAAAAAAAUGUAUACAAGAAACGAUUUUUUGUGUAAGUUUGAGGCACACGCGUUCCUCAACACAGCCGGGAACCUGCCAAUCAGUCGCACAUGCCGCAACACCUGUCGCAAACAAAAGCCAAUCAAGUGACUGUAAGGCGGGGCGAAGACAUCAAAUCGAUCUUCCAUUGGUUUGCACAAGUCUCUGUAGGGCGUGGCUACACUGACAGGCGAGCGCGCGCCGCUAAGUGUGACCUGGCGAGGCGCAUGCAGGGUAAGAAGACAGCCUCGUGUUUUGGGGAGUGAAACGGCCAGGGACCCCCCGAGGAACCUGUCGCAGUGGCCUUGCAGUUCAGGUGACAAUAAAGUCUGAGAGAUUCUAGACAGAUCGUGCCACUGGAGAUAUUUCGCGCUCUGGCAUCAGGCGAAGCAUAUUCGGGUACAUCGACUAAAAGUUUGAACACUAGCGAGGGGUUAAAACAUUCCAGCUUCUUGACAGCGUCCCCCUCUAUGUGCUGUGCAUGGAUCUCACAAGAAUCUACAAACCUAGUGCUGCUGUGGUUUGCAUGUUCAUCUGGUAGGUCUUUUUCAAAGUUUUGUUCUUGUUUUUAUUUUUUCGGGGGGAGGAGGAGCAAAUGACAGAAGUUCCUUUAUUUCACAAGUGGAAACAUUUUGUGUGCAUCAGACUUUUUCGAAUGAAAAGAUCUUCUUCCAGUGCUUGAACCAAAAAACGUUAUUUGCCGACCAAGAAUGUGGGUGGAGGGCAAAAUCAGGAUUGCCACCUCUCACACGCAGGUGUUGUGAUCACCAGCUGUGACCGCGACACCCCGUGGAGAUCUUAAGCACGUCAGCGGACCAUGGACUCGUCACUACGUGUGUAACACGUGAAAGAAGUCUGUGAUCCGGAAUAAAAGGGAGGGUCGCCGUUUGUAGACGUUGGUCGAUAAUGCCUCGAGCGUUUCUCAUCAAGAAGAAACGUGACGUCGCUGCAUGUAUGACGUCAUUGACGGAGACCGAGACCGCGGACAAAGCGAGAGAUGAGAUGGACAGAAGCCCGGAUGAAGAUAUGGAAGAUGAAAUGACUGCGCGGAGCACGCUGCAGAAGGAUUUAGAAGAUGAGGAUACAGCAUCCUCAGAUGAAUUGACAGAGACAAAGCAACCCGUUGAGGAACCAAUGCCGACGUGCGGUUCUACUGACGUAGGGUUGUCACGUGACCUUACAUUAGCUUCUCCACGUCCUGUAUCCCCCGCAGACAUGAAAAUAGGAUGUCGCGGGUCUCCUUCCAGACCGAGGGGCAACGAGGACAGCCCGUCACUGGGACGACAAACUCCAUCUGCACAACGGACGAGUCUGUUAUCGAAGGCCUCGUCACCAGGGUUGGUUCGAUUGCCGCCAGCAGGGGUCGCCGCGUCGCCGCCCCACUCGGAUGCAGAGCAAGAGGGGUCUCAAGCAGAGCAGCAGAGGAUGCCAUGCAAAAGGCAUUCGGACUUCAGCGCAGAGUUCCUGCUUAGCCGUCAUCCUGGCCGACGCCCCGCUAGGUCGCCGGUGACCCCAGUGACGUCAUCUCGUCAACCGUCGGAAGCGCUGCUCACGACGUCAUCCGUUCUCGUCGACAAAGUCUGCGAGGACGAUCCUCGUCUGUGUGAGCACGCGAAGAUCCCUCGCAUUCCCUCUCCUGCCAAAUACACACCGCCAUGUCUGUCCGUGUCGUCGUGGCUGGAGAGCAGCGUGCCCACCCCAGCUCCGUACCCUCCUGCCAACAUCUGCCCAUCCCCUUGCAAAAGAACCAAGGAUUCCGACAGUUCCCUGUCACAAGAGGAAGAGGGUCAAGGCCGGGUGCGCGCUGACCUGGCUGACCUCAACCGGUUUCAUGACCUCUGCGCCCACUACGAAGGCUUCUCGGCCUUCCGGAGAAUGACCUGCGAUGAAGCGGCGCCCUCGAAACGGCCUCUCACCUCUUUUGCGGCCAGGUUUCUGGAUAGGAGGAAGUCCAGUGAGAUGACAUUACACAGAAGAGACUCGAAUCUUCCUCAGCUGGAAACAAGAGCCUCCUCCCCGCCCCCACCCCCACGCGAGAGAGGACUGACGGGGACAUCGCAGGGCAGGAGGCUGCCCUCCUGUCUUCUGCCACCAACAACCCAGUCGCUUAGCAACCUGGGGGAGCAUAGGCGGGGGAGCAGCACGUCUCCAGCACACAGCGAACGAACAUCAUCUGGUACUGAAUCCCCGACCGCCAGUUAUGAUGGAAGCCCUACCCAGCUGCACCCUCCCUUCAUGGAUGACGUGGCCUGGAACCACCCUGCCUCGUCCUCCUCCUCCGCCGUGGCCAGUGAACCUUUCAUACAGUCGCCGCUGGGCCCAGUGUCUCCGCACCAUUUGCUGUCCAUGGGAUUCCCAUAUCUUCCGGUUCCUGGUUUGACGAGGUCCCUCCCGGAGCUUGGUCAGCCAUUAAGUUACCCUAAGACACUCAACGGCAGUCUCAGCCCUGCUUUCAAAAGCACACGCUAUCCUUUUCUGUAUCCUGCCGCUGCAGCAGCUGCCGCCGCCGCUGCCUACUAUUCCAACCUGCGGGGCUCUCUGCCUUUUUCCUACCCGUUCGCAUCUUCCAGUAGCGACGUUCCCAGCAAGUCUCUUGGGGAGAAGGUUCAAAACCCGCUGAUGGAUCACAUUGACGCACUGCAAGCAGCAAUGCGCAGGUCUCACCUGGACUCCAUGACAGCUUUCUCCUCGCAGCAAGGUUCUAAGGUAAUGUCACCCACUUCCACAGGUAUGGGCUGCCGCCCAGCUCCUAACUCCCCAACUUCUGCAAGAGAUGCUGGUCAUAUGGGGAAGAAGAAAGAGCUAACAAGGCGUUCCUCCUUCGGAGUGGGUGUUGCUGCCGGGGUGGAGCUGCCAACAGAAAGAAUGAUGGUGCGCAGCAAGGAGCAGGACACGGUGCGCUACCAGUGCGACGCCUGCAGCAAGAGUUACUCCACCUUCUCGGGCCUGUCCAAGCACAAGCAGUUCCACUGCGCGGCGCAGGUCAAGAAAGAGUUCAGCUGCAAGUUCUGCGACAAGACCUACGUGUCCCUGGGCGCCCUCAAGAUGCACAUCCGUACACACACGCUGCCCUGCAAGUGCGGAGUCUGCGGCAAGGCCUUCUCACGACCCUGGCUGCUGCAAGGCCACCUGCGCACGCACACGGGGGAGAAACCCUUCACCUGUCCACACUGCGCACGCGCCUUCGCGGACCGCUCCAACCUGCGCGCUCACCUGCAGACGCACUCUGAGGUCAAGAAGUACAGCUGCCGAGCUUGUUCUAAGACUUUCUCUAGAAUGUCGCUUCUACUGAAGCAUGAAGACGGAUGCUGUUCUGGCAUGGCCUAGGACUCCAGUUUGCUUACAAUUACGCAACUUUCACCUACCUGUACCCCCGCCCCCACAAAAACAAACAAACAAACAAACUGGCGAAUACCCUGUUGAACUAGUUCGCAAAGCUAAGGCAGUUGAAUUGACUUCCUUUGAAAUUUACUAUUUUUGACAGAAAGGUUACACCUUGUCUAAUGAUGGAAAUUACUGAACAGUCUGUCCAGGACAUCAAAUAUUGAAAGUCGCUGGAUUUUUUUUAAAAAUUAGUCUGUCUUGUGAAGAAAUGAGUAGUGGAUGGUGCAGAGGUUGGCAUUCCAAAAGCCGAGCUGAAAGACAGUUGAAGCAGAUAACAUGUGGAGUCACUGCUUCCUUUUGUUUUUCUGAAAUGAAAUUAAAUCUCGGAUAUUUCAUACCAUGGUCUUCUGCGGACCUAAAGUGUCUGCAGAGCAGUUUUCAGUUUGACACUUGGCAAUAUGAGGUUCGCACAGCCGCUGUGAAACCUUUGACCUUUGUAAGGAUCCCAAAGCAUGUAGUGCUUGGUGUUGAAAUGAUGCUCACAUGCCCCCAUGGUUGUCGGCUCAAGCUUCGAAUUAUUCGAAGACAUGUUCUUGUUUUAAAUUAAUUUAUUUUCAUUACUAAUAAGUCCAUGAAGAUCUGACCAUUCAUGCUCUCAGGUUUGGGGUCUUUUUUCGAGUUUUUCUCCGGAAUGUUCAUUUUCUAGGCUUCCGGGAACCUUUUGACCUGAUGAACAGUGUUUUCAGUGUCGUUCGGUAUGAUGUAGAGAAAAAGUAGACAAAUUGUGUUUUCCCACACUGCCACCUUGUGAUCCCUUCAACAUUAAGGACAGUGCCACCACUGUGCAUUGAGCAUCUCUGACUGAUCUUGAGACUAUGACGAGGGCUGCUUUAGCAAGUUUUCUUCGUGAAUGCAUACCCCGGGACAUAAAAACAAAGAUUGUCUAUAAUAUAUCACAAUGGCCACAAUGUAAUUGUUGUUCCACAAGAAUUUAAUGCAGUAAUUUCUCCUUAAGCGGGGUUCGACAAAAGAUUGCAGUUUUAAAGGAAGUACAUAGUGUAAAAUGUUUAUGAGCUAAUUGCUAGGAAAUGUAAUUAUUUAUUACAAGACUGACAUGGCAUUUUCUUCUUCUUCUUCUUUUUUUGUUUUUUUUUUUAAACUACCGACUCAUGUUGAAUUUAGAUAACAUAGAUAUUUUUUUUUAUAGAUUCAUUGGAUGUCAAUGCCAUAUGUGUGUGCGUGCAUGUCCGUGCGCGUGCGCGCUAUUUAUGCUGUUACGAGUAUCUUUUGAUGAUUUGCAUCUAGUCUUUAGAGUUGUCAUAGCAACACUUUCCUUCUUUGACUCAUAGUACUUGUAUAAGACAAUACCUUGAUGCAGACUUUGAAUAUUUUUGGUGUGUGUACAAUGUUUACAACAAUUAGCCUGAAUUUGAGAGUGAACGAGCAUUAACAAUGUCUAAACUGUGGAGAGAGCGAGUGAGAGAGAAAGCUAGAUAGAGAAAAGAAAGAUGAAAUGCAGUUUUUAUCCGGAAAUGUCUUGGUGGUGGCCAAAGAGCGUUUCUCUUUUCUUUACAUAUUUUACAACCUCAUUCCAGAAAAAAAAAAUUGGGCAAUAUCUUCCUGGCGUUCUUUUCUAACUUCCAUCUUGACAUCUGCAACAACUUGUAACGUGCACUUCCGCGUCACGUGACAGCGCGACCUGUCCCUCCGUAAUUACACGCGCUUUCAGUAUUAUGACAUUUUACUCGCCAUUCCAAUCCAAACACUUCUGUUCCUUUGCAGUUCAUGAAAACAAACCUGAGAGUGGGUUCCUUUCUCUUCUACACAGUGUGUGCAAAGAACUAAUUUUUGUUCCUUUAACAUCCUCCUGUUAGACCAGGGCGACCCCCUGACACAUCCUCCUGCUACAUCAGGACAUGCCCACUACCUAUCAUCUUGCUAUACUGUGACAUUCCCAUCACACCUUAUUUUGUUAUUCCGUGACACAUUGCUACAUAAAUAUAUAUUUCAAGAUUAUCUCAUUGUGUUGUACACGAGGCAGGGACUAACUAAAGGCCAUCGCGAGUUGCCCCAAGCAAAAAAAAAAAAAUUUUAUAAAAGUACAAAAGCACUUCUGGAGAUGAACGCUUGUACUUUACGAGAGGAUUUUCCAGGUACAGUAACGGUUCUAACGUUCACUUUCACACGUCAAUCGAUCUCGACUCAUUUUUAUUUAUUUAUUUACAGUGUCUUUUUCGUUCCGAGCGAUGUUUGUUUAAAUUCCCCCUCCCACCACUACCCCCGAAAUCGCCAUGAUGUAUCCUUCCACACUUCGCAGUCUUCCUGAGUGCCAAAUCUGUCCACGAAGUUUAUUUAGUUUGUUUUAUUUUGUUUAUGCAACAUUUUGUUCUCUCCAGUGAAGGCGAGCGGUUCGGUUCUCGUCAGUGUUCCGUUGAACCACUCGUGUAAAUUAUUUGUGUGAAUGGCACGGGGUUGACCGCAAUAAACUGAAAUCUGAAAAUGUUGAAGAAUGUGUUCAGUGUUUCAGAAAAAAGGCAAAUAUUGAGAGAAUGGAGAA